AUGGAUUGUCGUCCUAGUUUUAGUUUAGGAUUUAGUCAGUUAGAUGCUACAGAGCAUGAUAUUUCCUUUGAUUUUAUUCCUGGUACAUUUGAUUUCGAGGAAUUUAAUUUCACAGAGAAUCGUUCAAAGCAUCGAAAUGACCCCGUUACAAUGAAGAAAUUGAAGGGAGUUGCUAAUUCUAUAUCGAAGAAGUCAGGUUCAAAAGCUAAAAGUAAAAAGAAGGUUGAUGAUUUCGGUCGACCUUGUCAUCUGAAGAUAUUAUUUCUAAUGGAUGUUGUUCUUAUAACUUUUCAAGCUGCCAACUAUUUGAACAUCAAGAUCCAGCUAGAUCUCACCUAUCAGACUGUGGCUGACAUGAUCAAAGGUAAUACUCUAGAAGAGAUCCACAAGACCUUCAACAUCAAGAAUGACUUCACAAGUGAAGAGGGGGAAGAGGCCAGGAGGGAGAAUGCUUGGGCCUUUGAGUAA